UUUUGCCCGAGUCAAGACUGCGACCUUUCCUUUUCCACCCUACCUGAGCUAUAGGCACAUUUCCGCAAACACUCACCUCGCAGUCCCUCGGCCGUACGUUGUGGAUGAACUCCCUACCAAGCUUUGGCGAGCACGCAAGCGCACCGGCAGGCGCCUCACCUACGUCGAAGCAGCGACGUCGAGGAGGGCAACGUGUCGACCAGCAGACUGGCACCAAGAGCAGCAAGCUACUCGACCUGGGCGCUAUCCAGCAAAAGGACACGGAGAUGAAAGACAUUCAGGAUAUGCUCCCCAUCGUUACGCAAGUGCUCCUCAGUGUGGCGACGAGGCAACGCCAGACCGAAUCCAUCCUGAACAAGACUUAUCUCAUAUCUCCAGGCGCGACAAGCGUCGUGGCGAUCAAGGCUCGGGUUCUCGCAUGUCCGCGCGUGGGUUAAAAAAAGGCAGAGGAGACCCGCAGCAGUACGCCCCAGCUUCUGAUCGACGCGGAGAUGGCCAAGAUCGGUACGAUAAACACCGCGGCGUUCUCGGGCCUCCCUCGGGCCUCCUCGAAGGUCACAGUCAGGAAGGAAGACGCAGCCGUCGGCGGAUUCAACCAGCAGAACCUGAAGCAGAUGAACGACAAGAAGACAUCAAGCAGAUCAUCGAGCUCAUCCCGCUCGUGAAGGCGAGCGACGGUGCGAACCUUGUCUCCGGGGGCGUAGGUCGGCUCCUUGCGGGGCGCGAUCCCUGUGAGGCAUGUGCCGGCAAGGGCGGG